UUUUUAAAGUCAACUCAAAAAAAAAAAAAAAUGCAAAUUUUUGUAUAAGUAUCCCUGGACAUGCAAUAAUAUUUGCAGUGCAUUGAACCUAUGCACCAAUCAGCCCACUCAAAUGUGGGUGACAGUUGCUAUCCCUUGUCUCUUCCUUAUGUCCAGUCGGCCAGUCAUAACCACAUAGACUCCCUAAUGACGGCAGGACACACAUGUACAUACAAAUAGCGUCCGAUCAAGAUAAAAGGCAAUGUAAUCUAAGUCUACUGUCGGCACCGGUGCGAGCCUUUGGCGAUACUGAAAAUGGAAAUGGCAGUGGUAGAACCCAAAGCCACAAUAAACAGCCACCGUAUCUACCCAUUAACCAUAAUUUUGUUAGUGUACAGUCACGAUUUCGUCGGAGCUACUAUCACAAGUUUGUACUUGGUGGUUUGGUGGCUCUGGUGAUCGCCCUCCUGAUAGCAAUUAUAGUUGUAAGCAUAACCCUUAGAAAAUCUGCAACGGCACUUUGCCGCAGUAAAGAAUGUAUUCGAACUGCGGCUAGCCUUGUUUAUUCAAUGGACGAACAGACUGAUCCCUGUGAGGACUUUUAUAAAUUCACUUGUGGCCGUUGGGCCGACGAGCAUCCACGUCCGGAUUCGGCUACAUCGAAUGACUGGUUCCGUGAGCGACAGGCACAUAUAAUGCGUGUUGUCCGUGAAUUUCUGCGAUCGAAUAUAAGCAGCAGCACUGAGCCCGAAGCGGUGGGCAAGGCCAAGACCAUGUAUAGGGCCUGCAUGGAUACACACCUGCUAGAUGAAAGAGAUUUGGAGCCAUUGGUCUACUACAUACAGACAUUUAAACUAUCCAUAUUACCCUCAGCUCUUAAUCUGACCUUAGGCAGUGCGUCGAAGUAUGUCGGGGAAGCCGCGAAUUCGUCUUACGAUUGGUUGCAGUCAAUUGUGACUAUUAAGCAGUACCUAAGUAUGGAUCUAAUAAUAGGAUUUGAUGUAUUUCCUGAUCCAUUGAAUCGUACACUAAAUCGCAUUGCUUUGGGAACACCAGAGACCGAUUCAGCGUUUCCUUUCAACAACGAUGAUUCACACAAACUACUACGAAAGAUUCAUAGAAAGACGAUUUUCAUGCAGAACAGCGAUGAAGAUAAUGUGGAUGAUGAUAGUGACGAAAGCGACGACGAUGAUGACAAGCAAACUAAUGAAAGCAUGUCGGCUUAUCUUCAUUAUGUGCGCAAAGUAAUUGAAAAGUAUUUACUCUAUGUGGAUCCAUAUGUCAAUCAGGAUGAGGCCACCUUAGGCAUAACUGAACUGGUCAAACAAGGCGUUAGGGUGGCUCGAAAGAUUCAUACGUUAAAAGAAGAAGCUGAUAAUAUGACAAAACCAUCUAUGAAUCCUGCUGAUGAUAUACUCUAUAUAUCACUGUUCGACUUGCAAAAUCAAACAGACAAGAAUAUUGCACCAAAAACAAUGCCAAUUUGGUUGCAGUAUAUGCAACUUAUUCUAAAUGGUACUAAGCAUGCAGGCAAAGCGGAAUAUACCUCAAAUCUAACUAUAAUAACUAGUCAGGCGGAUAUAAUUUAUUUACAAAAUGUCGUAGAAUAUCUGCAAGAGACGCCAGCGGCCCAUAUUGAGUCUUACCUUUGGUUAAGUGCCUUGGAAGAGUUGGUCCUGCAUACGACCAGCGAUAUGCGUAUGCUGCAUUCCGAAUACAUGCGUCUGGUGGUUGGAACAGAGGGCGGGACACCACGUUCGCUCUACUGUGCCCAUGGAGUCAAUAGUCUUUUUGGAAUGGCCGUUAGCUAUGUGCUGGCCGACGAAGAGUUUACCAACAAGAAGUUGCCUCGUGUAGAACGCAUGUUGAGCGACAUAAGACGUUCGUUUGAUCGUCUGGUACGCUCUACCUCAUGGAUGGAUGCGGCAACCAAAAGAAAAACUAUGCAAAAAUCUGCCGAUAUGAAGAGUUUCAUUGGUUUUCCUCAGUGGCUUAGGAAUGCCACAGCAUUGAAUCAAUAUUACGAGGGUGUUGAGGUCAAUGUUAGCACACAUAUGGAGAAUCUCAUGGGAUUUGUUCACUGGCAGAUGAUGGAGAGGCUGAACGAGAUGGAUAAACCAGAGCCAGUGGGUUGGGCCACUUCACCAUCGAAUGUGAAUGCUUUUCACACGUUUCAGUCCAAUGCCAUAACUGUGCCCAUUGCCAUUCUCCAGUAUCCAUUCUAUGACCUUGGCCUUGAGGCUCUUAACUAUGGCUCAAUUGGCACAAUUCUGGGACAUGAACUGACGCACGGUUUUGAUGAUAGCGGCCGUCGCUUUGACAGGGAAGGCAAUAUGGUCGAGUGGUGGUCAAAUCAGACAAUCAAUGAGUACAUUAAUCGCACUGAAUGCUUUGUGGAUCAAUACAGUCACUAUUAUUUAGAGGACAUUGGAGAAUAUAUUGAUGGUGAACUUACGUUGGGCGAGAAUAUAGCCGACAAUGGAGGCAUGCGGGAAGCCUAUUAUGCCUAUCGUCUCUAUGUCAAAGAAGUGGGUCGGGAGAAGCUUAAGCUGCCCGGCCUAGAGCAUUAUACACACGAACAGCUGUUUUUCAUCUCCUUUGGCAAUCUGUGGUGUGAGACCUAUACGCCGGCUGCCUCACGUUACGCUCUCAGUGAUUCGCAUUGUCCAGGACAGAUGAGGUUGAGAGGUGUCUUAUCCAAUUCGGAGGAAUUUGCUCGCACAUUCAAGUGUGCACGAGGCUCAGCCAUGAAUCCCAAACAGGACAAGUGUCGCAUAUGGUAGAGGGAAUCGACAUCGAUGAAGAUGUGUUUUUUGUGGGUAAUGGGAACAGAAAAGUGAUUUUUUCCAAAGUAUUUAUAAAUAUUAUUAGACUUAAGGGUUUCUUUCAAUAGAAGUCUCUUGCCAUAAGUGAUCGGACAAGUGCCUGCUGAGAAAAGUGUGCAACACUUGUUAGGCGAAUGUGGUGAAUGUAUGGCAUACUUUUUGGCUGCAUUUACAAUUAACCCAUUACUUUUAUUUAUAGGUGGUAGUAUUUAUAUAUUUUUAAAUCGAUUACUGUUACAUUAAUAUACAUUUAAUAAUUGUACAUUUA